UCACUCCACUACCAUCUCUGGAUAUAUGAUUCUGUCUAUAAAGUAGUUCAAAGGGAAGAAACAAAGUCACAAACAUACAAAAGGGGAAGGGCCUAAAAAUGGUGUCUCUGCAAUCUUGCUUCGUUCUACUACUUCUUUGCCUUUCCUAUCUCAGCGCAACUGCCUCACCACCAUCAUCAUCAACAUGCAAUGGUUCCAUAGCAGAGUGUGAAACAGAAAGCGAGCUGCUGAUGGAUUCCGAAAUAAGCAGAAGGUUUCUCGCACAGAAGUACAUCUCACCUGGAGCUUUGAGGAAAGACCAACCAGUCUGCAACGGCGGUGCUAGAGGCGAAGCUUAUAGUAAAACAGGAGGUUGUCUUCCUCCUCCGGCUAACCCUUAUAACAGAGGCUGCUCUAAAUACUAUCGGUGUAGAUCCGACUCGUGAUCGGACACAAGCAGGCUUGAAUUUAUUAUUCACUACGCAUCUACCUAGUCUGUUGUUCUUGGUUUCUGCUUCAAUAAACUCAUGCAAACUUUUAAGAUCAGAUUAUUGCAUUUAGCAGUCCUAAUACAGAAGGGUUCUCAUUUGUAAUAGAACCAACUUGGUUUGCUUAAGUUGCGAAAACUUGGUUUGCUUGUGAUAUAAAUUUCACCAGAAGUUUACUUUC